AUGGCCAUUGGUCCCGUCCCCCAAAGCAACGGCGCAUCGGCCUUGCCGCUGGUGCGCCAGAUCUCCCAAGACCAUGAUCACGUCUUGAAAACCUUCCGCCUCCUCAUUUCCGAUCUAUGCCAGCAGUUCGGCGGAGGUCAUCCCGGAGGAGCGAUUGGUAUGGCCGCUAUCGGGAUCGCACUCUGGCGAUAUGUGAUGCGAUACGCACCACACUCCCCGGACUACUUCAAUCGCGAUCGCUUCGUCCUGUCCAAUGGCCACACCUGCCUCUUCCAAUACACCUUCUUGCAUCUCACCGGCUACAAAGCCAUGACAUUCGAGCAGCUCAAGUCCUACCACUCCGACCGGGUCGACGCGUUAUGUCCCGGACACCCGGAGAUUGAGCACGAGGGGAUCGAAGUCACGACCGGGCCCCUGGGCCAGGGCGUCGCUAAUGCAGUGGGUCUGGCUAUGGCCACCAAGAACCUGGCGGCCAAGUUCAACCGCCCCGGGUAUGAUGUGGUCUCGAACCAUACCUGGUGUAUGGUGGGCGAUGCGUGUCUGCAGGAGGGGGUCGGACUCGAGGCCAUCUCUUUCGCGGGCCACCUCAAACUCAACAAUCUAACCAUCAUCUAUGACAAUAACCAGAUUACCUGCGAUGGAUCCGUCGAUCUGACCAAUACAGAAGAUAUCAACGCCAAGAUGCGCGCCUGCGGCUGGGAUGUCAUUGAUGUCGAAGACGGUUGCUACGAUGUGGAAGGGAUCGUUCAGGCGUUGGAACGGGCUCGUGCGGCUCAGGAUAAACCGACUUUCAUCAACGUCCGGACCGUUAUCGGCCUAGACAGUAAGGUAGAGGGCAUGGCAGCCGCUCAUGGUGCUGCAUUUGGAGCCCCAGAUGUGGCAGAGAUGAAGCGAAAGUACGGCUUCAACCCGGACGAGCACUUUGUCAUCAGUGACGUGACCCGGAAAUUCUUCCAGGAUCUCCCUGCCCGUGGAGAGUCCUUGCUACAGCAAUGGAAUAAGCUAGUGGAGCAGUAUACCGCAGAGUACCCCGAACUUGGGGCAGAGUUCCAGCAGCGCAUGCGCGGAGAGCUGCCCCCCAACUGGAAAGAUCUAAUCCCUUCCAAUUUCCCCGACAAGCCAACAGCCUCACGAGCGUCGUCAGGGCUCGUCUUCAACCCCAUCGCCAAAGCCAUCGAGUCAUUCAUGGUCGGAACAGCCGACCUCAGCCCAUCCGUCAACAUGAUCUGGCCCGGCAAGGUCGACUUCCAACACCCCGACCUCCGCACGACCUGCAACAUCAACGGCAACUACACAGGCCGAUACAUCCACUUCGGGGUCCGCGAGCACGCCAUGUGCGCCAUCUCCAACGGCCUCGCAGCCUUCGCCCCCAACACCAUCAUCCCCAUCACCUCCUCCUUCUUCAUGUUCUACCUGUACGCCGCCCCCGCCGUCCGCAUGGGCGCCCUACAACACCUGCAAGUCAUCCACGCCGCGACCCACGACUCCAUCGGCAUGGGCGAAGACGGCCCCACACACCAACCAAUCGAGCUCGCAGCUCUAUACCGCGCCAUGCCAAACCUCCUCUACAUCCGUCCAGGAGAUAGUGAAGAAACGGCCGGUGCGUGGAUCGCGGCCCUGGAAGCCAGGAAAUCAUCCACUAUCAUCUCCACGUCCCGCCACGCCAUCCCCCAACUUAAACAAACGCGCCGAGACGGCGUAGCCCAAGGCGCAUACAUACUCGAAGAAGCCCCCACCGCAACCGUGACUUUAAUCGGCGUCGGCGCGGAACUCUCCUUCGCGCUGGACGUAGCCCAACAACUCAAGGAAACCAAAGGAGUGAUAGCGCGAGUGAUCAGUUUCCCCUGCCAGCGCCUAUUCGAGCAACAGUCCCUGGAAUAUAAGCGCGGCGUGCUGCGACGCCACCAGGGCAUUCCGGCGGUGGUGAUCGAGCCGUAUGCGCCGAAUGGAUGGGAGCGGUAUGCGGACGCGGGUAUCUGCGUUCGACGGUUCGGUCAUAGUUUGCCGGGGAAGGCGGCGUAUAAGUUCUUUGGCUAUGAGACUCGGGUGAUGGCGGAUAAGGUGGGUGGUUAUUUGGAUCGGCUGGAGAAGGGCGAGGUAUUGCGGGGGGAGUUUGUGGAUUUGUAGAUUGGUUUUAGG